AUGAUCCAUGUCCACCCGUGUUUUUGUCAUCAUCAAGCUAUGGACGUGGAUGGAAGCAACAUCGAUUCAGGCAAUAAACCCACCAUCAAAACAACAUACCGUAUGCUGAAGCACCUCCACGACUGUCGUCCUCCACUCAACCUCACCUCAUUCUCAGCUAAAACGGUCGCCCCGGACCCGUUUUCCACGCCUCUGUCUGUUGCUCCACCUCUAACCCAGGGGAGCCGGGAGAGAGACGAACAACUCGUCCAGGACCUCCCCACUAUCACCGGUGCCACCACCACCGUCACUUGUGAACAAAACCGUUCCAACAAUAGAAGGAGGCUGCCUCUUAGUUUCGAUCUAUAA